AUGAAGUCCACUCUGUUCUAUGUGGCCUUGGCUGCCAUCCUGUGCUUCGUAUUUGCUGAGACAUCCCCCGACUGUAAUGCCUUCACCAAGACUUGCCCGUCAAACAAGGGAGUCCUCAAGACCCAUCUUCACUACGACUUGACUCAGGCUUCGGCUCUGGAUGAAUGGACCAAUAUUGGUGGGGCAGUCAUUACAGGCCCUGAUGGCGCCGAGUUCACCAUCCACAAGCAAGGCGAUGGCCCGACAAUCGUCACCGACUUCUACAUCUUCUACGGCGAAGUGUCUGUUGAAAUGAAAGCUUCUUCGGGCACUGGUAUUGUCAGCUCUGUUUACAUGUUGUCAGAUGCCAAUGACGAAAUCGAUUGGGAAGCACUGGGUGGCUUUGGUGACAAAAUCCAAACUGACUACUUCGGCAAAGGUGAUACCAGUGAGGACUACAAUCGCUGGACCUGGCAGCCGGUGACGACUCCGCAAGAGGUAUUCCACAAAUACACUUGGGUUUGGAGCAAGGAUAAGCUUUCGUGGGCAAUUGAUGGUAAUAUUGUUCGGACAGUCGACUAUGCAGAUGCAAAAGGCGGUUCUCGGUACCCGCAGACACCAAUGCGUGUUCGAAUUGGGAUCUGGGCGGGGGGCGAUUCGAGCAGAAUCAAAGGGACCAUUGACUGGGCUGGCGGCAAGACUGACUACACCAAGGCACCGUUCACGAUGUACGUCAAGUCUGUCGAAAUUGUCAAUUACAACCCGGCCGAGAGCUAUUCGUAUUCCGACAAGUCCGGCUCUUCGGACAGCAUUGAGAUACAGGGUUCUGUCUCCUCGACUGAGAUUUUGACUUCCACUAUGUCCGGUACUUCAAUCGCUAACGAUGUCUCGCUGUCUUCGUCUUCUACAUCUGUCGGCCUCACCACCAAUUCUGUCGAUUCCACAAGCACCCUUCUCGCGAGCCUGUCUUCUGCAGAUCAGACUGUGAGUUCACACUUUUCGCCCGAGACUACGAGUUCGAUGAAUUCCGACACUUCUGUGGCCACCGCUGCUAUGUCAACGCCGAUGUCCUCUACCUCCGCCAAGCUUGCCGUCAAUGAUUCCACCACCACUGGUACGCUCUCUAAAGACUCUUCCCUUGAAUCAUGGGGUAAAGCCUCGAGCACCAUUCCAACGGCUAGUGCGGUGUUCAUAGGGAGCUCAACCAUCACCCCCAACAACACUACUGUUUUUACGGCUACCAGUUCUCCUAGCUCGGCUGAAGAGCUGGUCUUACGUCCCCACCCUCUAGUGUCACGGCUAGUAGUAAAUUACUUUCUCUUGGUAGCGAUUUACUGGUACGUGUAG